AUGACGGCUUCGAGUCCGGCCGCUGCCGACAGUUCGUCUGCAACUACGCCUAGCACUUCGGCUGGAUCAUCCACCUCGAUACCUGAGACCACCUCUAGCACUACGCAGCAGACAACACCUACAUCAACCUCUACAACAGAAGCCCCUCCUACUUCAACUAGCACAACUCCCACUACUAGCGACACUCCAACUUCUACUUCUACUCAAUCUUCUGCUACCCCUUCUUCAACCACGACAAUACCCAGUACUUCGACUACGCCAUCCUCAUCAACGACCACGACAAAUCCGCCGACGACAUCAAGCGUGAUUUUCACCACUACGCAGGUUAGCACAGGAGAAAAUGGGAGCACUGCGUUUAUCACGGUCACUUCAACCCAGUUGAAUACCAAUACUGCACAAUCUACUGCGCAAGCAUCCUCUACAGAUACCUCCGGCUCUGUUAUAACCUCAAGUGCUUCCCAAUCGGGUGCCAUAGCUGAGCCGGCCAAAAUCGCGGUUGCCGUUGUAGUUCCAAUCGCUGCCGUAGCAUUGCUAGUUAUCGGAGGAAUUUUCUUCUGGAGGAAGCGCAAGCAACGAAUGGAUGCGGCAGAAGAAAGGAGGAAGGAAGUCGAAGAUUACAGUUACAACCCGAAUAACGACCCAACCUUACCCGAUAUGGGAGCAGGAGCUGCUGCUGGGGCUUAUGAGAUGAAGGAAGAUGGUGGAUCUUCGGGUUAUCGUGGAUGGGGUUCUACUACCCUGGCUGGUUCAACUGGGAGGAAAGCUUCGACUACAAUGUCGGGCGGCGCAGCAGGUGUGGCUUACUCGGAUGCAACUUCGCCGACCAGAGGAAACUUUUCUGACACUAGAUCAGGAGACGGCUUAAUGGGCGAAGGCUCUCAAUCACCGCAAGAAGGCGAAAUUCUCGGCGCUAUGGGCCCGGGUGCCGUUGACAACCGUGGGAACGAUAACGGUAACGUACACCGCGGACCAUCGAAUGCCUCGUCAUCAUACAGUGCUGCUGGAAGGUCUGAUGGCUCCGGCGAGAAUACAGGCUCCUACAGUGGGCCCGCAUAUCUCGAUCAAUACGGUGGUAACAAUCCAUAUGCUGACGGCGCUUACGGCCAACAGCGCCCAGGAGAACUAGGAGGGCAGCCGGUAAUACGUGAUAACCCGGCUCGACGCAACACGCGCAUCGAGAACCCAUCGCACUAUCCUCAGCAAAGUGCCGGCAUCUCACAGAACUUCUAA